AUGCACGUUCCCGAAGCUCAGAGACAGUUCCUUGAUAAGGUCCAGCAAUCGCUUGGCGAUUGGGAUGAGAAGUUGAAGGAGAUUAAUCACAAGAUCUGGUCUAACCCAGAACUCGCAUAUGCUGAGCAUGAUGCUCAUGAAGCGAUCUGUAGUUUCUUUGAAGCAGUCUCAUCCGAUGGCUAUAAGGUCCGUCGCAAAGCUUGGGGGCUAGACACUGCUUUCGAAAUUGAAUGGUCGAAUGGCAAGCCGGGGCGUGUUGUGGCAUUCAAUGCCGAAUACGAUGCUCUCCCUGGAAUCGGCCACGCCUGUGGUCACAACUUGAUCGCGACAAGCUCUAUCGCGGCAUUCAUCGCGACCUGCGAGGCUAUUAAGUCCAUUCCAGAUGUUGGAUACACUGUCCGUCUGUUCGGCACCCCGGCUGAGGAAUCUGGCGGUGGCAAGGUUCGACUGAUCGAUGCCGGUGCCUAUAAGGGUGUAGACGCUUGUCUCAUGGUGCAUCCCGUCCCAAUGGCGCCUGGAAACCCCGAACUUCAUGGCAUGGCGACUGUCAUCGAGGGAGGCUUCCUGGCCAAUGAUAAGGUCAAGGUGACAUUCACAGGCAAGCCUGCUCAUGCGGCUGCAGCGCCUUGGGAGGGUAUCAAUGCCCUGGAUGCCGUUGUCUCGGCCUAUGUCAGCAUCUCUAUGCUUCGUCAACAGAUUUUUCCCACACAGAAGAUUCAUGGUGUUAUUGUGAAUGGAGGAGAGCGCCCAAAUAUUAUUCCUAUGUCGGCCACGGUGGAUUAUUAUAUUCGAUCGCCAACUAAGAAGACCUUGAAGCCCCUGACAGAGAAGGUGAUCAAGUGCUUUGAGGCAGCCGCGACAGCCACAGGAUGCAAAGUUGACUAUGAAUGGGGUCCUUCAUACGACGAUCUGAAGAGCAACAGACCAAUCUGCGAGAGCUAUGUCUCAGCUAUGCGUGCAAUGGGUCACCACACGCUCCUAGAUAACUCAGAACAGAAAGGCGCACUAGCUGGAGCAUCCACAGAUAUGGGCAAUGUAUCAUACGAAGUUCCCGGAUUCCAUGGCAUUUUCUGCAUCCCAGCCAAGGGAGUCAACCACACACCCGAGUUCACCAGUUGGGCUGGAUCGCCCGAAGGACACAAGCGAUCGAUCGCGUGCGCGGCUGGAAUGGCCGUGGUCGCUUGUCAGGUAUUGGUCGAUGACGAGUUUGCCGAGGCUGUGAAGGCGGAUUUCCAGAGAGAUUGA